CAAGAAUAUAAAAAGAUUUGAGUAAACCAGUACAUCCAAGGAAAAGAGAAAAUCAGAUGAGCUCACAUUAAUAUUUAAGUCCUUAGGAGGUAACGCAUGAAUUUCAGUGCGAAGGGAGGGGUAAGAUGGGUACCUGAAAGACCUUCGCGAAUGGACUUGGCCACACUUUGUUGAUCAAUGUUUUUCACCAGUUUAAGCCUCUCCGAGGAAACCCAAUGUAAACAGCUGAUUCUCGCAGGUCAUGGGACCCUACCAUACCCCCAAACGCAAGCAAGAAAAAAAAACUCCAGGAAAGAUUAGGAAGUAACAUUAUAGUGCAGCUCAGCUUAUUAAAGUAAGUGCGUUGUUGGAGAAAUGCCACAUAGAGUGAUUUAGGUCACUAUAAUACAGAAAGCAUGGGAUGAAACAGUAUCAAGCAUGUCAAGAUUAUGGACAUUGUGGAUGCAUUAAUUAACUGAUAUGGAUAUUUCAGUCAUGUUGAGUUAUGUAAAUGAAAAAUAUUUCUGCAAUAUAAUGACAGUGGAACAACUUGAAUGAAAAUAUCAACAAUGGAGGCAACUGAAAGAGACUCCAUUUUAUUGUGUUAUUGACAGAAUCUUGAAGUGAAGUGUUUUUUUACAUUUGAAUCUUUCUUGUGAAUGAACAGGAUAUUUUCAGGGUGAUAUUCUCCGUUUCUGAGUAUCAAUCUGUCUUCUGUUAUUUCGUACAAAAUGGCUCAGAUGUACUUUAAUAUGACUGCCUUUUGUGGCAACAUGGACUUUAGUUCAUGGAAUGCCAAAAAACUCAACUUUGGCCUAUGCUUCCAAAAAGCCAUCCUGGACGUUCCAACAUUUUCUCUUCUCGCCAUUGUUUCUGCGUAUUACAUUGGGAAGCAGUCAGAAUGGGUUGUGCGGAGGAGGAAACAGAUGGCAAUUAUCCACACAAGGAUUGCUAUAUCAGUCUUCUCUCUUAUUUUGUGUGUGUUAGAGCCCAUCCUUUACGUGUUUGUCGGCCAGGCCUUAAUGUAUUGGGUAGAUGCUCUUGUUGUUGGAGUGCAGACCAUAUCCUGGCUUGUGCAUUUAGGCUACCUUACAUCUUUGAGAACACGUCUGUCUAUAACCACCAGGGGUCCCACACCUGUGAUAUUUGCUUGGCUCUUGACAUUCCUUUGCACAAUAAAUUUAGCAAGAACUGCGUGGUAUAAACAGGAAGGUUUACCUGUGGUAAUAUCAGAAAUUAUGAGAUACACAGCAUUAACGCAACUGGUUUUGCAGGUUUUCUAUCUUUUUACACUGUUCCCAAAAGGAAGUGUGGGAACCUCACAGUAUCAGGAGUUACGAAGAGAAACCAACGAACGAACCCCACUCAUGGAAACUUCAUACAAUGAUUAUAGUGGUUUCCAUGAAGCAGCUGAUCCAUAUCAUUUGGGCAUAGCAGAAGAAAGAGUUAACAUAUUCUCGUAUCUCACAUUCCACUGGGUGAAUUCUCUGAUGGAAAAAGGCUCUCUUGGAUACCUGCAGUCACAAGAUGAUCUGCAUGACCUGCCAAUUGAGAUGCGUACUGAUGUUAUAGCACAAAAGGUUCAUAAGACAAUAUUGAUGUCUCAGCCAGUUGUGGAAGAUUCAGAAGGAACAGCAACCAUUAAUAGUGAAAACUAUUCCCUCAUACGAAUUUUGAACAAAUGCUUUGGCCUCAAGUUCUAUAGCAUUGGUAUCUUGAAGCUUAUUGGAGAUGGUUUGGGCUUUGCUGGGCCAUUGCUUUUGAAUCAACUUGUUUCAUUUGUUGAUAAAAAAGAAGAAGCUCCAAUAAAAGGAUAUACAUAUGCUGGAGGGCUGAUUGGUGCUGCAUUAGUAGGUUCAUUCUGUAGUAUCCACUAUAAUUAUCUAAUCGCCAAGGUCAACCUUCGUGUUCGUGCAGCUCUAAUAUCAACUGUUUACCGAAAAGUCUUACUGGUUAGCACAGCAAAUUUAGGGAAAUUUACAACUGGAGAAGUUGUUAACAUGAUGAGUACAGAUACUGAUAGAAUAGUUAAUUUCUGUCAGUCAUUCCAUGCAUUUUGGAGUUUGCCAGUACAGAUGGCAGUUACACUUUUCUUGCUUUACCAGCAAAUUGGUAUAGCAUUCUUGUCUGGUGUUGCUAUUGCAUUCCUCUUGAUCCCAAUCAACAAAUGGUUGGCUACAAAAAUUGGUCACUUGAGUGUUGAGAUGAUGUCUUUUAAGGACCGUCGUGUGGGUCUGCUCAAAGAAGUUUUGUCAAUGAUAAAAACAGUAAAGCUGAAUGCCUGGGAAGGAACCUUCAAGGAUCGUAUCUUAGAUGAGCGAUAUGGGGAGGUCAAGGCCUUGGCAGGACGAAAGUAUCUAGAUGCGGCUUGUGUUUAUUUUUGGGCUGCAACACCUGUGCUCAUUCCAAUAUUUACAUUCUCUACUUAUAUUGCAUUAGGUAAUCCUCUAGAUCCUGCACGAGUAUUUACUGCUGUUGCUCUUUUCAACAUGCUGAUUAUGCCCCUGAAUGCUUUUCCAUGGGUCAUUAAUGGCCUAGUUGAGGCUUGGGUUUCACUAAAGCGAAUUGAGCGACUCAUGAAGCUUCCAGAACAAGAUCUAAUGAAUUACUACACUGUAGUUCCUGAAAUGAGUCACAAGGAGUCAGAACUUCAGAUCCUUAUAACAAAUGGGAACUUUAGGUGGACAGAUAUGGGUAACCCCAGGAAGGACCGUCAUGUUCAUUUUAGGGACCAAGACUCCUCUCCAAGUGGAUCGCAGAUGUCACUUAUUGAGUCUCAGAAUGCAUUUACCUUUGAAGAAGAAGUCAUGCUUCCCAUUCUUCGGAAUAUAAACAUGCAGAUGAGCAAGGGACAAGUUGUGGCAAUUGUUGGCCGUGUUGGGUCUGGCAAGACAUCCCUCCUUAGUGCUAUUUUAGCUGAAAUGAACAAAUGUCAUGGUGUUGUAGCAGUAGCAGCUUUGCAUACUGGUUUUGGUUUAGCCACACAGCAGCCGUGGAUACAGAAUGCUACCAUCAAAGAUAAUAUUCUGUUUGGAAGUAGUUUGGAAAUUAGCCGAUACAAAGCUGUGAUAAGUGCUUGUGCAUUGGAAGAUGACUUGAGAGGAUUUUCUCGAAAAGAUGAAACAGUUUGUGGAGAAAAUGGAGCAUUGUUGAGUGGCGGACAAAGAGCUCGUGUUGCUUUGGCAAGAGCUGUUUAUCAGAACAAGAGUAUUUAUAUCCUAGAUGAUGUGCUGUCAGCAGUUGAUGGUCCUGUAGCUAGACAUAUAAUGCGUCACUGUGUCCAUGGAUUCUUAUCUGGAAAAACAGUAAUCCUAAUGACCCAUCAUGUAAGUCUUCUGACAAGAGUCGAUUGGAUCAUUAAUAUGCACAAUGGUACAGUUGAAUCUCAAGGACCUCCAGCAGUCAUUUUGUCUAACAUACUCACUCCCGAUGAGCUGUCUGAUGACUGGUGGAAUGAAGCAGAUGUAGUUUCUGUGGGAGCAAUGUCCCGACGACCAUCUUUGGAUAUAUUCACAACUACAGAUUUUACUCCUGCAAAGCCAACAGAGCAAAGGAAGGGAAGUCAAGAAGAGGAGCGAGAUUUUGGCGAACUUAGUGGUGCAGUCUACUUAACAUACUUUACUGCAAUUGGGGCAUUUUUAACAGCUGCUAUUGCAUUGUCUCUAGUACUUAUGCAAGCUUCCCGAAAUCUCACAGACUUAUGGCUUUCUUAUUGGGUAUCACAAGUAACCAGAGUAAAUAGUACUGGCACAACUUUAUACGUAGAAGACCAAUCGCUUGAGCCAUGGUUUGAAACUGGGACACAAGGUCCAUCAAAGAUGCCCUCUUUCUCAGACACCAUGCAGUGGCUAUCAUCCAUUAACCCAGUAGGUCAGGUACAAGCCAUGCAGGAAACAGAAAAUUCCACCUCUUCUUUUGGAGUUGAUCCAAGUACAAAGUUUUACUUGACUGUUUAUGGGAUUUUAGCAACUUCAAAUACAUUGUUCACUCUCAUGCGAGCAUUCCUAUUUGCCUAUGGUGGUUUAUGUGCUGCCAAGAAUCUCCACCGUAGACUCUUAGAUGCUGUUUUGUAUGCAAAGAUAACGUUUUUCACUAACAACCCCUUGGGCCGCAUCCUGAACAGGUUUUCAACUGAUGUUUAUACUGUUGAUGAUUCUCUGCCCUUCCAGAUGAAUAUUCUUUUAGCUCAAGUCUUUGGACUUAUAGGAACAGUAGUGGUGACCAUCUAUGGACUGCCUUGGAUAACAUUACUGUAUAUACCCUUAGCAUUUGUUUAUUAUACUAUUCAGAACUUCUACCGCUAUACUUCAAGGGAUUUAAAAAGGCUUCAUGCAGUAUCCUUAUCUCCUCUCUAUGAACAUUUCACUGAAACGUUACAAGGGCUGACUGUGAUAAGGGCAAUGCGAGCAGGACAUAGGUUUAGUGUGCGUGCAGAUAGUUUAUUGGAAGUGAGCCAGCGAGCACAGUUCGACAUUCAGAUUGCUUCCCAGUGGCUGAAUUUGCGACUGCAACUCAUUGGAUUAGCAGUGUUAGCUGGUGUGGCUAUUCUUGCACUCCUUCAGCACCAUUUUGAUGCUAUUGAUGCAGGACUAGUUGGGUUGGUUAUUUCAUAUGCAUUGACCAUCAGUGGUUUUCUGAACAAUGUGGUGGGAUCACUGACAGAAACUGAAAGAGAGCUGGUUAGUGUGGAGCGAGUCCACCAGUAUUUAGAAGGUGCGGAACCAGAAAACCGUGAAGGAACUACAGCUCCUCCAAUUGGCUGGCUGAGUCAUGGCUCUAUCAAGUUUCAGAAUGUUCAUCUGAGAUAUAACUACCAUAAUCCAUAUGCACUUAAAAAAGUGAAUUUUGAAGUUGGAGCCUCUGAGAAGAUAGGUAUAAUCGGACGUACAGGUGCUGGAAAAAGUUCAAUAUUUAUGGCACUUUUCCGUUUAGUUGAACUGAGUCGUGGCCGCAUCUUUGUGGACAAUGUGGAUAUCUCAAGAUUGAACCUGAAAAAAUUAAGGUAUGAUUUGAGUUUUUAGUAUGAGUGUGUCAUU